AUGUCUGACUGGAAAACAGGACUUCUGUGUCUUAUGACACGUCCCUGCGAACCGCUUUUCUAUCCGAAGUAUGGAGGGCAAACGUAUAUGGCUUUACCGGAGCACUAUUUGACCGACCGCUAUCGAGCUAUAUCUGGAUUAAUUGGAGAGCGUUUUGGAGCUGUCGCUUCUAAUCAAAUAGUUGUAAAACCUGUUGAUCUUCCUAACUUGAAUUACGCGGAAUCGAUUCCGCGGCAUUGUAGUUUCAAUUUCUUUGGCACUACACAACGUAAAAUCGCUGGAAGAUUGGUAGAGGAUUUUAUGAAACAACCUGACCCAGAAACGCUUUUGUCUGUGGCAUCGUACGCUCGAGAUCGUGUGAAUCCAACAUUAUUUCAAUAUGCUUUAACAAUCGCGUUGCAGCAUCGGAAAGAUACGAGCGGCAUUUCAAUGCCUACAAUGUUGGAAAUGUUUCCAAUGCGAUUCGUAGACCCUUUAGUGGUACCUCGGUUGAAAGAAGAAGGAUUUGUUGUUACACCAUCGCAAAGAAUAUCCAUUGACAUGCCAUUGAUAUACACUGCUUCUGACAGUAAUCCUGAGCAGAGGUUGGCAUAUUUUAGAGAGGAUAUUGGAGUAAAUCUUCACCAUUGGCAUUGGCAUCUAGUUUAUCCAGCUGACGGUCCAAUUGAGGUAGUAAAUAAGGAUAGACGAGGCGAGUUAUUUUUCUACAUGCAUCGACAGAUAGUUGCUCGGUACGAUGCAGAGCGGUUCUGUAACUUUUUGCCACCAACGGUCCCGUUGAGAAAUCUAAGAGAGCCUAUUCCAGAGCCUUAUUAUCCAAAAAUUUUAAACAGUGCUACGAAUGUUACUUAUCCAGCGAGGCAUAAAAACAUGACGAUAACUCAUAUGAAUAGGCCAGCAGAUGAUGCAGUAGCAACAAUUCUCGAAAUGGAAAAUCUAAUAGGACGAUUCAUAGAAGCUGCCAAGAGCGGGGAGGUGGUUCUCCCGAAUGAAGAACGAAUGAAGCUUGAUGACAUCACAGGAAUAGAUGUUCUUGCGAACAUUUUGGAAAACACAAUCUUGUCAGUGAACAUCCCUUACUAUGGCAAUAUCCACUCGACAAUUCAUGACUUGUUAGCAUUUAUUCAUGAUCCCGAUGGGGAGUUCCUAGAAGGACCCGGAGUGAUCGGUGACUUGGCAACGGCAAUUCGGGAUCCUGUUUUCUAUCGUCUUCACUGGUUUGUGGAUGAUAUGUUCGAGCUGCACAAACAAACGUUGACUCCGUAUAGCACAAAUGAGUUAGAAUUUUCAGGUGUAACCGUCAAUGAGGUUUCUGUACAAGUUACGAAUGGCAAAGCGGCUGAUAAUCGACUUCUAACGUUCUGGCAACGUUCGCAAGUAGAUCUUGGUGUUGGAUUAGAUUUUGGACCAGAAGGUAAUGUGGCGGCGACAUUUACGCAUCUCCAGCAUGCGCCAUUCAUCUAUCGUAUCAAUGUUUUGAACCACUCGCUAAAGGUUCGCAGGGGAACUGUUAGAAUUUUUCUGGCGCCAAUUUACGAUGGAGACAGUGAAUUACUUUCUUUCGACCAACAGCGUCGUCACGUUAUUGAACUGGAUAAGUUUGCAGUAGAUUUGAAUCCUGGAAUGAACCAUAUUACUCGCUCCUCUCAGGAGUCUAGUGUGACGAUACCCUUUGAGAGGACCUUUCGUCGUCAAGAUGUAGCGUUUAUGCCAGGAAAUGAGCGUUUUAGAUUUUGUAAUUGCGGUUGGCCAGACCACAUGCUUCUUCCUAAAGGGACGUCAAACGGAACACUCUAUGAACUGCUUGUAAUGGUAUCAGAUUUCGCAGAAGACUCUGUCGUCGAGUUUGACGAGCAACAAGAUUGUAACGAUUCACAUUCUUAUUGCGGACUACAGGAUCGCCUUUAUCCAGAUCGAAGAGCCAUGGGGUAUCCUUUCGACAGAACUUUCAAUGCCGAUGUAACUCAAAUGAAGGAUCUUGUACAACAAUUCAGCAACAUAAAUAGAGCGGUUGUGGAAAUUCGCUUUACGAAUUCAGUGAUUUAUCUGAGCAGAAUGUCCGACAAUCGAAAGUUACUUACACUGCUUCAACGCCCUUUGGAGCCAACAUUCUACCCAAAAGAUAACGGGAGAACGGUCAUAGAUCUACCGGAAAAUUAUCUCACUGAACGCUACCGCCCCAUCGGUGCCAGUCUACAAAAUCGCUUUGGUAGUGACGCGGAUACGAGAAUUCCAGUACGCAAUGUGGGAACGCCAAACAUAGCUUUUGCUGAAGUGAUUGAUCGCCGGGGUGGGUUUUCCUUGUUCAACCGAAUGCAUCGCAAAAUUGCCGGUGACCUGAUUGCACUGUUCGUGAAUCAACCCGAUGUCGAUUCAUUAAUGAGUGUAGGCGCAUACGCACGAGAUCGUUUGAAUCCGAUGUUGUUCCAAUAUGCUCUAUCGGUUGCUGUUCAACACCGACCAGACACGAAGGAGUUGAAUAUUCCUUCUCUGUUGGAACUAUUUCCGGAUUCUUUUGUUGAUCCAUCGGUUUUUCCAAAGCUUCGAGAGGAAGGAGCUGUUGUUACGGAAGAGAAUCGGAUGACAAUUGAUAUUCCCAUUAACUAUACUGCAUCGGAACGUGAAGACGAACAGAGAUUGGCGUAUUUCCGGGAGGAUAUUGGUGUAAACUUGCAUCAUUGGCACUGGCAUUUGGUGUACCCUGGUGACGGUCCUGAUGCAGUUGUGCGGAAAGAUCGUCGGGGUGAACUGUUCUAUUACAUGCACCAGCAACUGAUUGCUCGGUAUAAUAUUGAACGGUUCUGCGCUCGCCUUGGUCGUGUCCAACCAUUGAAUAAUUUGCGAGUUCCACUUGCGGAAGGGUAUUUUCCGAAAAUUAUCAGAAGCUCCAACAAUCGUGCAUUCCCGCCGCGACCACAGAAUCAAGUUUUAAGAGAUAUCAAUCGAGUUGAUGAUAACGUCAUUUUUACUGUCAACGAUUUGGAACGUUGGGGAAGUCGUAUUGCUGAAGGUAUCGAUGCUGGUUUCGUAAUUGGACAAAAUGGACAACGGGUUCCACUAACCGAAUCUACUGGUAUUGACAUAUUAGGAAACAUCAUGGAACCGUCGUCAUUGUCUGUAAAUAGUCAAUAUUACGGCAGUUAUCAUGGUGAUUUGCAUAAUGUGAUUGCAUAUAGUCAUGAUCCUGAUAAUCGAUUCCUGGAAGGUUACGGUGUUGUUGGGGAAUUCCAGACGGCUAUGCGCGAUCCAACUUUUUAUCGUUUGCAUUGCGAAGUAGACAAUAUGUUCCAUCGCUUCAAGAAUACGCUGCAACCGUAUCCGGCAAAUCAAUUGAAUUAUGACGGAAUCCAAAUUCAAUCCCUCGCCGCUCAGUUGAAUCGGGCAAAUGCCCCUGCAAAUGUGCUCCUCACAUAUUGGCAACGUUCGCAGGUGGAUUUGGCUACAGGAUUAGACUUUGGGCCGCAAGGAAACGUGUUUGCUUCAUUUACUCAUCUGCAGCAUGCACCGUUCACUUUCCGUAUAACCGUUAACAAUGAUAGUGGAUCGUUGAGGCGCGGUACUUGUCGUAUUUUCAUUGGGCCAAAAGUUGACGAACGUAACUCUUCCUUGACAUAUCAAGAACAGCGUAUUUUGAUGAUAGAAUUGGACAAGUUCACAGUCAACCUAAAUCCCGGAACAAAUAACAUUGUCCGUCGUUCUGAGCAGUCCAGCGUUACCAUUCCAUACGAAAGAACCUUCCGACAGGUAGCGCUUUCCAAUCAACCAGGAACGGAGGCAUUCAGGUUCUGUAACUGUGGAUGGCCGCAUCACUUGCUGCUUCCAAAAGGAACUCCAGAAGGAAUGCAGUUUGACAUGUUCGCGAUGAUUUCUGAUUAUAACAACGACACUGUAAACCAGGAAUUCGAUGAAAAUGUGAACUGUAACGAUUCCCACUCGUUCUGUGGGCUUAGAGAUCGUCUCUACCCUGACAGGCGCUCCAUGGGAUAUCCAUUCGAUCGUCGUGCUCCCAACAAUGUGCGUACACUUCAAGAUUUCGUUAGAGGAAAUAGCAAUAUGGCAUUAACGAAUGUUCAGGUUAGAUUCACCAACACCGUUAUCGCUAGAACAUAA